AUGAAUUAAAAAAUGAGAAUAUCAAAAUCAAAACCGAAAAUACGAAGUUAAAGCAUGACAAAGAAGAAGUUGAAACUGAGAAUAUAAAGUUAAAACAGGAUUUAGAUAAAUUUAAAAAAGAACUAGAGUCUAAAAAAAGUCGUAAAUUUCAGGAAAAAUGUAUCCUAAUAGCUCAAGUAUUACUUGGGGAAAAGCUGAUAAUCGAGUAUCAAGUACAAGAGAAUCAGUAUCGGUUUCAUAUCACUAGCUGGUAUAAAGAUGUCAAAAAACUUGAGGAUGUUGUAAAUCGUGAUCAGCUAAAAAGAUACAUAUGUCAAGAUAACAGAAUUUUUCUCCUUGAAGUAUGGUACGAUGAAAAGCCAGAAAUU